AUUUGGUCAGUUGGGUGCAUCAUGGGAGAAAUGAUCAAAGGUGGUGUUUUAUUUCCUGGUACAGAUCAUAUUGAUCAAUGGAAUAAAGUUAUAGAGCAGCUAGGAACACCAUGCCCUGAAUUUAUGAAGAAAUUACAGCCUACAGUCCGAACUUAUGUGGAGAACAGACCUAAAUAUGCUGGAUAUAGUUUUGAAAAACUCUUUCCAGAUGUCCUUUUCCCAGCUGACUCUGAACACAAUAAGCUUAAAGCAAGUCAAGCAAGGGAUUUGUUAUCAAAAAUGCUGGUUAUAGAUGCUUCUAAAAGAAUUUCUGUGGAUGAAGCCCUGCAGCACCCAUACAUCAAUGUUUGGUAUGAUCCAUCAGAAGCAGAAGCUCCCCCACCAAAGAUACCAGAUAAGCAGUUAGAUGAGAGGGAGCACACGAUAGAAGAAUGGAAAGAGUUGAUAUACAAGGAAGUCAUGGACCUGGAGGAAAGAACCAAGAAUGGGGUUAUACGUGGACAGCCAGCCCCUUUAGCACAGGUGCAGCAAUGAUCAAUGGCUCUCAACAUCCAUCUUCAUCAUCAUCUGUCAAUGAUGUGUCUUCAAUGUCAACAGAUCCAACAUUGGCCUCUGAUACAGACAGCAGUCUAGAAACCUCAGCUGGACCUCUGGGUUGCUGUAGAUGACUACUUGGUCUUUUGGGGAGUGGGAGGGGGGUCCUUUUAGUCAUUAAUAGGGCACCUUUAAAAUUUGGUGGUAUUUUUGAGUGUUUUUUCAAAAAUAAGUGUAGAAUUCAUCAUAAAGUGCUGUAAUUUUAAACUGUAAGUUGUGUUAAAAGCAGCCACUUUUUUUGCUGUAAUUAACUGUAAAAUAUUAAACCUGAUAAUUUUUAUUGUGGUUUUAAAAUCUGCAUAUUUGCUUUACUAUUAUGCUGCUGAUCUUUUUUUACUGAAUUUGUAAGAUUUGUUUUAUCAAAGCACAUAUUAAUGUUGUGGUCAUUACCAUAUAAUUAAUUAUUUAAGAUUUUAUAGGUUUUCAAUUUUUUAAUUAGAAUUUAUUCCAGAUGUUUUGUUCAUGAUAUCCUUCAAAGUUUUAUGCUUGGUCAUAUGUCCGUGUCCAGGUGGAGGGGGGGAGAGAAGCCAGUGCAGCCAGCUGCGGUUUUGGGCAUACUACUGUUGUGCUGGCAGGGAACAAAAUCUUCUUUUAUUUUGGCCACUUGCUUAUAAUACUUAAGCAAAAGCAACAAUUAGUGAAGUUUUUUAGAGAAACAUUAUACAAUCAUUUGCAAAGUAACCUCAUCUGAAUGGUUUUACAAACUUAAGAAAGCACAGUAUAUCUUCAAAGCUGCAGAAAUAUCUAGCCUAACAAAGUAAUGUGACGUUUUCUGCAGAGUUGUGGCAUGCCAAAUCUUGUGAUCACCAUAAAACAUGAGGAUACUUCAUGAAUAAUACAUUGCAAUGCAAAUAAACUGUUUACUUCUA